AUGGAUGGCGGCAGCGGGCUUAAUAUCAUUUACACCGACACAUUGGAGGCAAUGGGCAUCGCGAUGACUCGGCUUAGCAAGAGCAACAUGCAGUUCCAUGGGGUAAUCCCUGGGAAGAAAGCCAAAUCACUCGGUCAGAUCGCCCUCGACAUCAUAUUCGGCGAGGAGAAGAACUUCCGAAAGGAAUGGCUGACUUUCGAGGUGGUGGACUUCCAGAGUGCUUACCAUGCCAUCUUGGGUAGGCCUGCCUGCGCACCUUUCAUGGCCCAUCCAUGUUACGUGCAUCUUAAGAUUAAGAUGCCAGGGCCGAAUGGUGUGAUCGCUAUCACAGGCAAUCGCAAGUUGGCUGAAGAGUGCCUCCAAAAGGGCUCCCAGAUUGCUGAUGAGCAGAUGGCGAUGGCCGAGCUAGACGAAUAUAAGAAGGCGGUGGACGUAAGUGAGUUUUUGAAGUCCAAGAAGCGGAUUGUGGAAUCUGCUUUCCAGUCGGCCGGGGAAACGAAGCCGGUGCACAUCCAUCCCGAAGACCCAAACGCUGCCCCAUCCAACAUUUCCACCACCCUCGAUAGCAAAUAG